AUGGAAUUCAUGGCACAGGUUACCUUUCCUCUGAAUGUCAUCUAUCCUGAUGCACUUUAUGAAGUGAAGAUUCCCCAGGAUAGUAGUUCCUUAGCUCCUCCUCUUCCUAAAAAGAAAAGCAAGUUGACAGCUAAUCUGGAAGAACUAGCAAAGGAAUGGAGACUACCAAUAGAGGAAGUCAGGGAAAUGAUACUGGAAUACAAUACUUUAGUACAAGAAGAAAGAGAGGAAUAUUGCUACACCAAACUUGCUCAGAUGUAUGCCUCACCUGAUGGAAGUCUUAAUGUUCAACGUGCAAAUUUUCAACGCUUCAACAACAUCAUUUCCAAGCAAAAACGAGUUUCCGAGUUGCAUUAUCGAAUUAACGGAAAGAAGUUUGGAGACGUUCUUGCUCAAAGUUCUAAGCCUAAUUCCAUCAUCAUAGUUAGGUGGACCAAACCUAAGGAUGAAUCGUUGAAGGUUCAUAUGGUCGGGAAGAAGACCGAGUAUUAA